CGCGCUCGCCGACUGUUCGGUUUCGCAGAAGUGUAACAACUGCUCAAGCACCAUUUAACAAGGAUGUGGGCACAGUGGAAUAAAACUUAAAUGCAUAAUAAUCUACGUUCUCAGGUAACGGCUAAUCUAGGGCGCCAGGUAAAUCAACGCAAGUCUGUUCAAGAUUGUAUGGCAAGCCCAUAGAAGCACAAAUAAAGAGCAAAUGCGUAGUGCACUAAGAGAGCGCUAGCAAGAAAGAGAGAGAGGGAAACUCUAAGCACAGCUGUCGUCGAUUUCGCGUCUGGCAUAAAGCGGAGGGUACAUUAAUAUUUCAAACUUAGUUUGGACUCGGAGCGUGUAAGGUGUAGUCGAUCGGGCAGCCCGGUGCGCGAGUAGAGUGUUCUUUAAGUGGCAAACAGGAAAAGCAAACAAAACGGGAACACUUUUGAAAAGAAACACAGUAGUUGUCACUGAACAGAUGCUACUCCAAGCACAGCGAACUCUUCACCUCACAGCAUUUUAGGCGCGACUGACGGAACACGUGUGCCCUAUGAAUAAUUAGUGUGCAGCAAAUGAGUAAGCCAUAAGUGUAAACGCGUACACACAUGCAUACAUAUGUAAAGUACAUGCGAACAUGCACACACUCAAACGAACGUACAAUAAGCACAUGCAAAUAAUAAAAUAAAAGCAUGUGGCCGCAAAGUAAAACACAAAAUUGAACUUCUUAUACGAGAUCCACGCUGGCAGUGAGCGCGCCGCGCGCAGACUGAUAAAUAUAGGAGAAAAAAAAAUACGAAUAAAAGGAAACAUGAUACAUGAACCGUCAGAAAAAUAAACAUAUUUAACAAUUAAAGAACUCAACCAAAGGACCAAUUUAUAACCAAUUUAAAAAUAUCAACACAAACGAGCAACUCUCCAAAUAUCUCAUAUUGUCAAUUGACUCUUGAUUACGAAGCGCAAAGAGUAAAAAUGACACGAAUUCAAGCCAGCGAUACGCUGAUACCGCGCCAGGUAUUCGAGGUGCCAGCGCAGUCGGCGGCCGAUAAAAAAGCACGUGCGAGCAGCGACUCCUCCACAGACACAUCCAGUCAGGAGUCGGGCGUGAAACUGAAGAAACAAAUUGGACUGCUAGACGGUGUCGCUAUCAUUGUUGGCGUCAUUGUCGGCGCCGGCAUUUUCGUCAGUCCCAAAGGUGUGCUCAUGUUCUCCGGCUCGAUUGGACAGUCGUUAAUUGUCUGGGUGCUAUGCGGAGUUCUCAGCAUGGUUGGCGCUCUGUGCUACGCUGAAUUAGGAACCAUGAUACCCAAAUCUGGUGGAGAUUACGCCUAUAUUGGUACCGCAUUUGGACCGUUGCCCGCCUUUCUUUAUCUUUGGGUCGCACUGCUCAUCCUGGUGCCUACGGGUAACGCCAUCACGGCACUCACAUUUGCACAGUAUCUGCUGAAGCCGUUUUGGCCCUCGUGCGAGGCACCCAUUGGUGCAGUGCAGCUCCUGGCCGCUGCCAUGAUAUGUGUCCUGACCGUCAUCAACUGCUACAACGUCAAAUGGGUUACUCGUGUGACGGACAUAUUCACGGGCACCAAGGUGGUCGCCUUGAUGGUUAUUGUGGGUGCCGGCGUGUGGUACUUGGCGGACGGCAACACGGAGCAUUGGGAGCAGCCGUUUAGUGGCGGGCUCAAGGAGCCGGGAUUUAUAGCAUUGGCUUUCUACAGCGGCCUUUUCUCAUACUCCGGCUGGAAUUAUUUGAAUUUCGUGACCGAGGAGCUGAAAGAUCCGUACCGUAAUUUGCCGCGAGCCAUUUGCAUAUCCAUGCCGGUGGUCACGGUCAUUUAUAUGGUUACAAAUGUUGCAUACUUUUCGGUGCUCUCCACUGAUGAGAUUCUUUCAUCGGAUGCGGUGGCCGUUACCUUCGGCGACAAGAUGCUCGGCUUCUUGUCGUGGAUCAUGCCCUUUGCGGUGGCAUGUUCGACAUUUGGCUCACUGAACGGCGCCAUCUUCGCAUCCUCUCGCCUGUUCUUCGUCGGAGCACGCAACGGUCACCUGCCAGCAGCAAUUUCGCUGAUAAACAUCAAUUGCCUGACGCCGGUGCCAUCAUUAAUAUUUCUGUGUAUUAUUACCCUGAUGCUGCUGUUCAUUAAGGACACAUACGUGCUCAUCAACUAUGUCAGCUACGUGGAAGCGCUCUUCACUCUCGUCUCUGUGUCAGGUCUGCUAUGGCUACGCUACAAGCAGCCCAAGACGGAGCGACCCAUACGCGUCAAUCUCUCACUUCCGAUCAUCUAUCUGAUUGUUUGUCUGUUUUUGGUGAUCGCAUCGUGCUCACAGUCACCCACCGAGGUGGGUGUUGGCACUGUUAUCAUACUGUCCGGCAUUCCGAUCUACUAUCUGACAAUACACAAUCCGGUUCAAUGGCUGGCUGACACCUCACAGGCUAUAAACAUGUGGUGCUCCAAAUUCUUUAUCUGUAUGCCAAAUCAGGAUAAGUUCGACUAGGUUUGAAUAACUCAUGGCAAGCAGUGCCUUCUUGUAGGAAUCAAUUAUCAGUAGUUCGCAUGAUAAGCAUUUGGGUAAGAUUAUUUCUGCCCUUACUUUUAUAGCGCACAGCGGGCUUUUCCAAACACCAAUUUUGUUAGUGUAUAUAUUUACAAAAUUCUGAAAGUCUUUGAAUAAAGCAGGCUGCUGAAUCAAUAGCAUUAGUAUAUCUAUAUUAUAUGUAAUAUUAUGUAUAUUUAUAUAUCAGUUCCUCAGCAUCUAAGCACAAUAUCCAAUAGACAAACACAAAUCCAAUACAAAAAUGCAUUACAAUUUUCAGAUAUUAUUUUACAUAAAAUAA